AUGUCUCGACGCAGGAACACUAAGCGAAAGCGCGCCAAUGAUGUCUUCGAAGUUGACAUCAACGACAUACUCAACAACGAGCCAUUCGUUGCAUCCAUCGGACGAGUCUCUGCUGACGGACGCCGUGUCAGGAAUGAGGUAGUCUCCUUGCCCAUUUCGAAUGAGGUAGUCUCCCUGCCCAUUUCGAAUGAGGUAGUCUCCCUGCCUAGGAAGCAGGCACGCUUGGAUCCUCCUAAUGUCCUGGCCGCAUCAUCUAAUGGAUUCGACUUCACCUUCUGUAUGAACGAAGACUCAUGGAAGUUUGAAGGCAAUGAAAAAACAAAGGCAAGACGCUACACAUCAUCGGACGAUCCUCUCAAGGAAUGGGUACCGGUGGCUGCACUCCAAAGCAAGGUUACCAUGUACGACUAUUACAUGGCAUUGGAGAAGCUCACAGAAAACAGAGGGUUUGCUUCAGUUCCCAAGCGCUACAAGGAGUUCGUACGGAUGACUCGUCAGUACAGAUACCUUACAGCCCUGAAGCGAGGUGGCAGGGCACACGUUCCAUCUGGGAUCUUGGGUACGGGUAAUGGGGAGCUGGGAAUCCAAUGCCCUGCGUGUCCUACGCCUGGUGUUAACUUACCUCUUGAUUGGGAAUCAGCACCCCCAGACCGAAAAUUUCUCUAUACUCUUUUUCUGGCCCUCAACGCUUGUUUUCGACUCAAACGUCGCAUCGUCUCUUCCGUCAAGAAAGAUCCUGGGUUGGGCAUCGAUUGGAGCUACUUUGUGGAAAAUGAACCUUUCCGACGGUAUAUAUUAACAGUAACUGAUCAAAAGGAGAUGAGCACGUGCAGUGGGUUGGCCGCUCUCGGCUACGCAAAUACUAAGUUUUCACGAGGGUAUGCUGCUACCGGGGUAUGUCUUGGAGUGUGUGCCCGACACGAGAUCAUACAAAGGAAUGGCACAGCAGAUUUGCAAGUUGGAGAAAGAUACUGCAACAUGGACUAUUGCCUCGCAUCCCUCCUCCGUCACCAUGAUCCAAAGCUAAACAAGCUCGUAUCCUAUGAUAUCGUGUGUCAAUGGUCGAAACACGUUUUGGAACGACUUCAAAAACUUCCACCACUCGUCAGGCUUAAAAUUGCCUCAAACGCCAUCCGCUUCGCGAUUCCAAAACUGCAUAUCCAUGGUCACACCCAGUUCUGCCAAAGAACGUACUCCUUAAACUAUCUGCCUGGCGUUGGGCGUACCGAUGGUGAGGGUAUCGAACGGCCAUGGGCAAACAUCGUGGCAACUUCGACUAGCACUCGCGCAAUGGGACCUGGAGCUAGGAUUGAGACGCUGAACGACCAUUGGAGCCAUUGGAACUGGCAGAAGAUUAUAGAGAUGGGUCAACUUUUUGCAAAACGUCUUCGACUCGCGAUUGCCGAGCGUGAAGUUCAACAAGAGUCCUUUGAGAUAUUCUCAUCCAAGCAGGCCGAACGUAUAGAUACAUGGAAGGCUAUGGUAUCGGCGUUCGAAGCUGAUGGGAGCAAGCCAAACCCGUACGAAAUACCAUCACAUGGGAUUACGGAGGCGGACGUUCAAUUGCGGUUAGCCAAGUUGGAAUCAGAGGAUGCUGGAAAGGGUGUUCCUGCAUUGCAUGAAGUGGGCCCGAGUGGCUUCAUCGUUGAGGGCUUGGAGAUUGAGGAGACACAAGUCCUACAGGGCAUUUACACCCCAUGCGUCAUUCACAAGCUCACUACUCGCGACACCCCAGAUGAGGAGGAGGCUGAGUCCUGCCCUCUGCUCCUGCCCUCUGCCCUUACUCCCGAGGAACGUCUCACAUGCGCUCCAGGCCUCGUCCAGAUAGAGCAGGAGUUACGGGAUGCCCAGUGCCGGUCGGCGCUCAACGAGCUAUGCACCCUCCUCUUCAUCAAGGCACGACUCGUUGGGUACAAGGACCGUAACGCAAGACACCAGCACGCAAACACCAGGGCACGUAUUUUGAUCGAACGAAACGAGGAUCGCAUUAAACUUCAAACGCAAAAGUACCAGGCUGCAUGGCGUGCCUUGACGAACAUGUCACACGACGUGGGAUGGCCUCAGUUGAAGCAGGAGCACAUCCGGUGCAUGGAUGACCCAGAUACAUUAACAGAGCGACAUACAAGGCUGGCACGACAAGUUGAGAAGGAUGGAGUGGAUACAAUACUGGUGGAAACGGGUGUCAAAGAGGGUGACGUAGCCUGUGAUGCACAGGUUGAAGGUGAGACGGUAGGAGAGGAGAGGAGAGUGGCAAAGGAGGGUUACCGGACAAUUUCUUGGAUCUGGGUGGAUGGGGACUACUCAGAGGAAUCAAUGUCUGAUGGGAUGGAUACAGCUCUGAGAGUUGAAUGGGCAAAGGCGUGGUCCCGUGUACGUAGAUGGGAGGAGGAGGUGGAUUUGUUGAGAGAAGAGAUGCGUCGAACACUGGUGAGCCUUCGACAUCAAGCUAGAACAUGGGAAAGCAAGGCAACGAACGGCAGCGGCCCACCAGACGUCCUAGCUGGGCUGUCCGCAUAUGCUCAUCGGCAAGCACAUAUUCGGUACGCACUUGCCAGUCGCUUCGAGGAGAUAUGGUGGGGUAAAGAUACCAAAGGUGACGACGAUGAAGAAGAAGAAGAAGCGGCGGGGGAGGGGGACGAGGAGUACUGA